CCUCCGCCCCGACCUCCUCACCCACCCACCGGCGAGCAGCUGCUCCGACAAGCGCUCUCUCUCUCUCUCAACUCCGGCGAGGCUCACGCGCGCUCCGAAGCUUCGGAUAGCGGCAGUAGUCAGUGCAUUGAUGGCGACCGACGUGGCAGCGACUGAGCCCGAGGUGGCGGCGGAGGAGGCUGCGGCCGCCGCGCCUGAGACCACGGCCACCGCCGGGGAUUCCAAGCCGGCGAAGGAGGCCAAGGCCAAGAAGGCCGCCGCGCCGAGGAAGGCACGCUCCACCGCCACCCACCCGCCGUACGCCGAGAUGAUCUCGGAGGCGAUCGCGACGCUGAAGGAGAGGACCGGGUCGAGCCAGUACGCGAUCGGCAAGUUCCUCGAGGACAAGCACAAGGACCACCUGCCAUCCAACUUCCGCAAGCAGCUGCUCGUCCAGAUCAAGAAGCUCGUCGCCGCCGGCAAGCUGACCAAGGUCAAGAACUCCUACAAGUUGCCGCCGACGCGCGCGCCGGCCGCGGCCAAGCCCAAGGCGAAGCCCGCCGCCGCCGCAAAGCCGAAGCCGAAGCCGAAGGCCGCAGCUAAGCCCAAGGCGGCUGCCAAGCCGAAGGCCAAGGCUCCAGCCAAGUCCAAGGCCGCCGCGAAGCCUAAGGCGGCUGCCAAGCCAGCCGCGAAGCCGAAGGCGGCGGCUAAGCCCAAGUCUCCGGCUAAGCCAGCCGCCAAGCCCAAGGCUGCCCCCAAGGCUAAAGCCAAGCCGGCCGCGAAGCCGAAAGCCAAGGCGGCUCCCAAGCCGAAGGCGGCAGCCGUGACGAAGACGAAGGCGACCUCGGCUCCCGCCCGGAGGCCGGCGAAGGCGGCGAAGACGUCAGCCAAGGACACGCCCAGCAAGAAGGCGGCGCCGGCGGCCAAGAAGCCCGCCGCCGCGGCGAAGAAGGCGCCCGCCAAGAAGGCCGCGCCGGCGAAGAAGGCGGCCGCUCCGGCGAGGAAGGUGCCCGCCCGGAAGGCGAAGAAGUAGAGCUCUCUCUCCGGCGAGCGAGCAAUCUAGGGCUUCAUGGUUGUUUUCUUAGCUGUUUUUUUUUCUCUUCUCUUUGUUGUUAGUUGCGAGGAGGGGUCAGGGGUACUAGCUUGUAAAUUUGAUAUCGCGGCGGGGGUACACUGGUCAUUUCGUACCCAGGUGGUGGUGCGCGACGAUGAUGACGACGACGACGAGACAGUUUGUUUUUAGGGCAAUGUAUUUCUGAGUAGAUUGGUGGAGUUUUUAUUGUGGUAACAAUCUUGUGAUAUUUGUCGAAAUCACUUUAGCUAAGUAAUUAAUUAUGCAGUAAUUUUACUUACUGUAUUGGCUUGACCACACCCUGUAUUCCUCUGAAUUUUCAGAUCUGGAAAUUGAAAUGAAAUAUAGGAUUUGUGA